GUCAGUUCCCAUUUCAACCAUUGACUGGCGGCAUUAAUCAAUCGUAGCGAGUAUGGCGUCAGAACAAACUCCUUUGACCAAGCAAGGGUCGUCCGGGUGUGUCAACACAUGCGACCUGAAGGAAGAGCGCCGGUGCAACGAUAUCUUCUUCGUGAUUCUGUACCUCUUGGCGUUUGGCGUGGUGCUAGCCUUGUUCUCCAUGUACGGCGGCGAAGUGCUCACGUAUGCCGGGGACCACUUGGUGCAGAAGCAGCACAAGUUCAAGUACGCACUUAACAUUUGCGCGUCGAUUGCCGGCGGCUCCGUCCUCCUCUCCAUGCUGUGGGUUGGCAUCAUGUUGUGCCUUGGCGCGUGGUUGAUCUGGAUCUGCGCGGGGGUAGCCAUCGCCGGCUCGGUCGUCGCGGGGUUCCUCGCGUCCAAGUUCAUGAAGGACAACGGCGACGACACAUGGUUCUGGCUCCCCGCGACCCUCGGAUCGCUCGUUGCGAUCUUGCUCACCGUGUACAUCUGCUGCAUCCGCAAACGCAUUGCAUUUGCCAGCGCUAACUUGCAAAUUGCAUGCCGCGCCAUCCUGACGUACCCCGUGAUCCUCCUCGUGGCGUUCUUCAACACGCUUCUCAUCGGCGCGUGGGUGCUUGUGUGGUCGGUGGCUACGUACGCCGCCAUGAACCACGGCGAGUACAUCAACAGCGACGGCCAAGGGUACAACAACGUGCAAAAGUUCAGCAUCUUCGCGGCCUUGCUUCUCGUGUUCUUCUGGACGCUGUUUGUCGUGCGCAACAUUGUGCAUGUGACAGUGUCCGGCACCGUGGCCACGUGGUGGUACCGCGCCGACAACAACCGCGUGCCCCUGACCACAUUGCGCGCGCUGUACAACGCGGUGGUGCUGUCGUUCGGAUCCAUCUGCUUUGGCUCGCUCAUCGUGUCGGUGAUUGAAACGAUCAAGACAAUCCUCGAGAUCUUCCGCAACUUGGCCAAGCAGAGCCACAACGCCGUCGCCGUGUGCCUUCUUGGCUGCCUCGAGUGCAUUGUCGGGUGUAUCUCGAACCUCGUCCAGUACUUUAACAAGUACGCGUACUCGUACGUGGGCAUCUACGGCUUUAGUUUUCUCCGCGCAGGCAAGGAAACGUUUGAGCUGUUUGAAAAGAUGGGCUGGUCCGCCAUCGCGAACGAUGCCCUUAUUGACAACGUGCUCAUUGCCGGGUCGAUCUUUGUCGGGAUCGGUGGCGCCGCUGCGGGCUACGGUGCCGUGAGCUACGACAGGCACUACAACAACAACGUGUGGACCCAGAACCUCGAGAACCCCACCGCGACCCUCGGCACGGCCGGCCUCCUCAUCGGGUUCUCCAUCUGCUACAUCGUUAUGGCGGUGAUCAACUCGAGCGUAGCUACGACGUUCGUCUUGUUUGCCGAGGACCCGCACUCGCUGCACCACUCACACCCGCACGACUACGAAGACUUGCACCAAGCGUGGAACGAGAUUUACCCCGAAGAAUACGCCAAGAAUCCCCACGGCACUAAGGCCGACAACCAAGCGAUUCAACACACGUAAACAUACGUCAAGGAUGUGCUGCAUGUGCUGUGCUCGAUUGUAGUUUUGCCAAGAGACGGUUGUUAAUACUAGUGGUAGUACACGGGCUUGGAAUCGACAACCUGUGCAUGGUGAAGUGUGCGCUUAUUGAGGUUCAAGUACAUGUAUGUACCGGUAGUUCACUGAAAGUCGUGACGAAUAGGUACAUCCACCAGUUCGAUAUUUGCAGCUUUAAUAAGGUAGAGUUGUUUAAUCUCUGGCGUUGGUUAAUAGGCAAUGGAUAUCCCACAGUGCGAGGUUCC